AUGGGUUCAGAGUCUAGAUGGACAGUUUUAAUGGAUGCAGAUGUUCUAUAUAAAGUAUUCAGAUAUUUUAUAGUGGGUGCACACGCUUCAGCCCACACUGAUAUUGAUGCAUCAAUGAACAUUGAUGUCCAUAAACAUAGUGAUACACACUAUUCAAAGUGUCAAGAGCAAAAUCACAAUACAGAAGCAUUAAUCCACAAUCUUAAAGGUACAGCAUGCGACAAAAUGCAACACAUACCAACAAGAACGCUAGUACAAAUCGAUGCUUUGAAUAGUCUUUUGCAUGCCCAUUUGAAAGCGAAAGUGCAAAUGAAUGCCCUUCCCAACUUAGAUCUCUACAAACUUGUUUUAUUUAAAGACUGCAAAGAGUUGGUUCACUUAUGUCAGAUGCUAUUGGUUCUUGGCACUUAUACAUCCAAGGAGGCUACGUGUGGGCAGUCGUACAUGGAAUUCUUGACGGAAGAAGAUAAAGAAGUCAUUACAAAGCACAAUAUAACGCGAAAUGUUCGCAUGCAGAGUCAUACAGAGUUGGGGCGAAAAUUUCCCAUCCAACCACAUAGUAACUUUCAGAAAAUGGGGUCCGAACCAGAACUCGUUCACGAUAGUACCUCUAACAAAGGGUCCCAUACUAUUACCGAGGACGAGUACAGGGCGUUGAAAUGGGAGAAUGAGGUCUUUGAAAAGGUUAUUGCUAACAUGUCAAUGAGGAAAUCGAAUUCCUCACGAUAA